CUCACAUUUAUAGUACCAAGAAUUAAAUUCACGUUUAUUAAGAAACUAAGAUUUUACCCUCUCUCUUUUCUUUUCAUCACCAUACCACCAUUGCUGUAGAAAUAGAAGGGGACCACGUAGGACUUGCAUUUUUCAUUGUUUCACGGUUGCCCUGGCUGACAAAUUCAGCAGCUGGUGGCUAAUCAGCUGGUGAUGAGCCUUUCUGUACUGUGCCAGGUUAAUAUUUGGACAGCAGAUUCAGAUAGUUGCUGGGAUAAUAACCUGAAGCCUUCCCUUCUUGGGAGGUCCUAUCUGGAGAUAUCUUCUGAUGACAUAGCCUUUGAGAACCCAAGGUUGUGUCUACCCCGUAAUGAGGCACCAAAGCAGAAUUGUGUGGAGGACCGACAAGAAUCUCAUGAAUCAAGGGCCAAGGCUAUUGGCUCAGUGCCCCACUGGUAAGCAGAGGCAAGGGAUAUAAGAGGAAGGCACUGGGCCUGUUGUCUCACACCAGCACCAUGGCCUUCCUUCAGCUCCUCUCCUGCCUGGCCUUCGUGGCUGCAGCCUCAGGCUGUGGAGUCCCCGCCAUUGAGCCCUCCCUGUCUGGUCUGUCCAGGAUUGUCAAUGGCAAAGACGCAGUUCCUGGUUCUUGGCCUUGGCAAGUGUCUCUGCAGAGAGGAGGUUCCCACUUCUGUGGGGGAUCUCUCAUCAGUGAGAACUGGGUGGUCACAGCUGCUCACUGCAGUGUCAGCACAACUGACAAGGUGGUUGCUGGAGAAUUUAACCUGAACUCUGAUGAGGAUAACAUCCAAGUUUUGUCGAUAGCCAAGGUCUUCAAGAACAAAAGCUAUAAUUCGUUCACCAUUAGCAAUGACAUCACCCUGUUGAAGCUGGCUACCCCUGCACGCUUCCAGAACAAUGUGUCCCCUGUCUGCCUGCCCAGUGCCCACGAAGAUUUCCCUUCUGGCACCCCUGCUGUUACGACUGGCUGGGGCAAGACCAAGUAUUACGCCCUCAGAGUCGCAGAUAAGCUCCAACAGGCAGCUCUGCCCCUGCUGUCCAACGAUGAAUGCAAGCAAUUCUGGGACAGCAAGAUCAAAGACACCAUGAUCUGUGCCGGGGCCAGUGGUGUUUCUUCCUGCAUGGGUGACUCUGGUGGACCCCUGGUCAUUCUGAAAAAUGGUGCCUGGAACCUGGUUGGUAUUGUCUCCUGGGGAAGCAGUGUCUGUUCCACUUCCACCCCCGCUGUCUACGCCCGAGUCGCUGAGCUCCUGCCCUGGAUCGAGGAGACCCUGGCCAACAACUGAGUUGCUCCCAGGCCAAAGAA